AUGGCCAUUCUUCCAGAGUUUAUAAGGCAGACUCCUCCUGUUACAAGAUACCUCAUUUUUGGCACUUUAUUGACGACUCUGGCGGUAAAUUUUGGAUACCUUUCGGAAUUGAAAAUCUUUUUUAAUUGGAAAUUAUUUUUAUUCAAAGGAGAGUACUGGAGGGCUAUUACUACUUUUUUGUAUAUUGGCCCGCUAGGUUUGGAGUCUAUUUUGUACCUAUCCUUUCUAUUACGAUUUAUGAGUAUGCUUGAAGAGUCAAGUCCUCCUCCACAGACAAAGAACUUCUUGAAGACACUUGGCAUCAUCUGUGGAUCUUUACUAGUCACGUCAUAUUUUUUUCUUAUGCCAUUUGCGGCUACUUACUUUUCAUUCAGUAUGCUCUAUAUCUGGUCUUGGAAACACCCUUUGUACAGAGUUUCCAUUUUAGGGUUAUUUGAUGUAAAAGCUCCAUAUGUUCCAUGGGUUUUGGUUCUUUUACGAUGGUUUCGUAGUGGAACCUUCCCUCUUUUGGAUUUAAUUAGUGCCUUAAUUGGCCACGUUUAUUUCUUCUUUAAUGACUUUGCGACUAUUUAAUUGCUGUAUUUAUGUUUGUAAAGAAAGGCAAGCAUGAACAAAUGCUUGCAAUCUUGAGGUAAAAAUGAAUGGGAUCGAAAGUGAUGAUAUACAAUUUUACUGAGUCCAAUUCUUUUAGGUGACUUGCAAUUUUGUCUUAUCCAUUAGGUUGAAUUUUAUAAGUUUCCGUAAAAAUUAACGAUUGCAGUAUGUAUGAGUGGAAAGCUGCUUUUGGUUAAAAAGACUGCUGAUAAAUCCGAUGUUGUAUGAUGUCUCAACUUUGUCCACGUUUACGAAUGCGUUAGAAAGGGUUUUAUAAAAAUUGUCUGUCGGUUUUUUUAGGAUUUUUCUGUGAGACCAUCGGUUCCCUACUCAGCGAUGUAUGAAAUGGCUAGCGUUUAGACCUUUGCCGUUGCUAAAAAAAGAAAAGUAUUUGGUUUAUUCCACUUGCUUUCUUUUUCUUCCUGUUGUAUAUAAUACCUUUUGGUAAGUUAUACAGAGGGAUCGUUUAUAAUUGAGAUUUAAAAUCCAAAGUGAAUAUGGUUGCCGAGUCAAUACUUUGUUAAUGAAGACAAGGAAACAAUCCACUGUAUGGGGCUUUCAUAGGUUGGAUUGUUUUCCAAAAAUCAAGGAAAAAACAUAAUCCAGCGUAAAAAAAUAUUACGAUCCUUUCAUCCUCACGUAUAGUUAAGCUUGUUGUAAUCGUAAAGCCGGUGAUAUUACUCUGUUUGUUCACAUGUU